CAAAAAUCUUACUGACAGUGUCCAAAAUGACAUCUCUUACUCUACUUACAACUUUGGCACUAUCCCUCAUUGUACUAAACAACAGUGUUGCUGGUUUAGAAUCAGAGAAUAUCAUUGGCGGUCAGUAUGUAAAAAAAAAAGAAAUCAAAUUUCAAGCUUCCAUACAAAUACCAAUAGAGCACUGGUGUGGUGGCGCUUUUCUUGCACCUGAUAUUAUUUUGACUGCAGCUCAUUGUUUUUGCGACGAAGAGACUAUGGUUUUUACGAACAGGCCGUACUUUGUUGUCGCAGGAACGACAAACGUGAGCGACCACACUUACAGGAGCCGCGUAGAAACAAUUUAUCUUCACAAAAAUUUCGAAACGGAUAGAAGAAGUGGUUACUAUCUGAAUGACAUUGCUCUUAUAAAACUGGACAAAGGAUUUAAAGUUGGCAAGGAACUACCUAUUGAUUUGGCAUCACUUCCAGAUAAAAACGAAAAAUUCGUGGGAAAAACUGCUGUAGUAUCAGGCUUUGGCUAUGAAAAGGUGAAGAUAACUGGCAAUCAACGAAAUGAGAAUGUAAUCCAUUCCCAGUUCGAAAUUUAA